GCGACACCUAACAAGUUCAAGAAGUUGAAGGCGGGUGACCCCACCCUCACAUUUCCUCCAGUCGUUCUGCGCUUAAAGCGAUCCGUAGCAUUGUUUCUUGGCCUCAGCCUCUCGUUUUCCCUCCGCCUUCAUUGUUAUCACACCAGGUAGAAGAAAAUUAUGGAUUUCCGGUCAGCUGUGAUUUGACGAGCAGUUCUCAAUUUUGGCCUCUUGGGUACAUCGACUGCGGCAGAGACUUCAAGAUGCAAAUUGGAUGCUAGUCUUUAUUUUCUAAUAUCGCAGUGACAUCUGAUGUUCCUGGCAAUAAGAAAUGUGAUUUCCACUAUGACAUGCAUCAAGAAGAAUGAGAAAGGAAGUAGUUGAUGAGAAUUCAAGUGUAGCUCUGGACUUAUUGGACAAGAGUUUGCUGAUAUAUCACAUGUGAUACUGAUCUAGAAUUUUAAAUAUGAUGCAAUAGUGCUACACAAUUUUCUUCCUCAUCAUAAUUAAUAAAGAGGAGGGUUGUGUUAGACCCUUAAUAGCCAAUGUAAAACUUUGUUGAAUUUGACAUGGAUAUUAUAAUUAAUAAAGAGAUGUAAUUUUGUCUUCCUAAAAGUGCCAAACUACUUGUAUCCCCAUAGCAUUUAUUACCAACUCCAUCGUCAUGUAGGACAGUGGUUUAUGUAUUUUUGGUGUGACUUUUUGUGUGUUCAUGAAUUUCAGAUAUAUCCUCCAUGGCUUUCUUCUCCCGACUCUCUCUUCUUAAGUUAUUGUUUCCUGUGAAAACUACAUAUUAAUAUUUGCUUCAAAUAUAAAUAAAAUAUUCGUACUUUACAAAAUUUCCCAGUUGUUUACAUCAAGGCUGGUAGAUAAACUUGUGUAGGUGCAAACAGAGGACGGAGAUACCAAGGUAUUAUAGCUAAAGCAAUGGAUACCACUGAUACAAGGGAAGGAAAGUCUAUAUCUAAAAGUACUGGGAAUUUGGAUAAUGAUCCUGAUCAUCUCCUCAUUCUUGUUCACGGUAUCAUGGCUAGCCCAAGUGACUGGACAUAUGCAGAAGCAGAGCUGAAAAGGCGUCUUGGGAAAAAAUUUCUAAUAUAUGCAGGGAUGAUGAUUGACCUGCAAUCAAGUUCUUGUAACACUUAUUCUAAGACAUUAGUUGGGAUUGGUGAAGCAGGAAAGCAAUUGGCUGAUGAAGUCAUGCAAAUUCUUGGCAAGACAAAGAGCUUAAGAAAGAUAUCCUUCCUAGCCCAUUCUCUUGGUGGCCUAUUUGCUAGAAGUGCAAUUGCUGUUCUCUAUUCAUCUGAUACCUGUAAUGCCGACCAACCUAACAAAAACUGCAUGGAAGAUUCACAAAGAGCAAGCUUUUCAACUGGAGAGAUGAUUGCUGGAUUGGAGCCAAUCAAUUUUAUUACCCUGGCAACUCCCCAUCUUGGUGUGAGGGGGAAAAGGCAGCUUCCAUUUCUAUUUGGCGUUUCGAUCCUUGAAAAGCUUGCUCCACCUCUUGCUCCUUUAUUGUUUGGACAAACUGGUAGUCAGCUGUUCCUCACUGAUGGUAAACCGAACAAACCACCCCUUCUUUUGAGUAUGGCUUCUGAUUGUGAUGAUGAAAAGUUCAUAUCUGCGCUAGGAGCAUUUAGAUGUCGUGUGGUUUAUGCUAAUGUUUCAUAUGAUCAUAUGGUUGGGUGGCGUACUUCCUCAAUAAGGAGGGAAACCGAACUUUGUAAGCCUCCUAACCAAUCAAUUGAUGGAUACGAGCACAUUGUAAACGUGGAAUAUUGCCCCCCAGUUCGUUCAGAUGGCCCCGGUUUUUCUACCGAGGCAGCAAAGGCGAAGGAGGCUACGCAAAAGGCACCAAAUGCACAGAAUGCUAUUGAAUAUUACGAAAAAAUGGAAGAGGAGAUGAUACACGGAUUACAGCGGCUGGGAUGGAAAAAAGUUGAUGUCAACUUUCACUCAUCAAUCUGGCCUUUCUUUGCUCAUUACUACAUCCAUGUGAAAGAUGAGAGGCUUCACAGUGCUGGUAUGGGAGUAAUUGCUCAUGUUGCUGACAGCAUAAUGCAGGAAGAAACAUCUUAUUUAGCUAGGGAUGUCAAUUUUGGGAACUAGCUUGUAACUGGUGAAUGUAAAAUUCGCGACAAUUGAAAUGUGUCUUACUGUACCAUAGAUUGAAAUAAUCAAUUUUCUGUUUUAA